CUAACUCUUUAUUCUCUUUUUAUACCUAUAAAAGAUAUAUAAAAUACAAAUAACCGACUACAACUCGUAGUAAAAGAAAUAAGUACUCAAUUAAAAAAAACAUAUCAAACUUAAGCUCUUCGGAGUUCAUUUUUAUUUAUUUAUUUCCAAGUUUGGUGGCCAACUUUUGAUCCAUCGAUGGAUGAUCAGAAAAUUCAACAUGUCUGCAAUCAACAACAUAAUUUGCACCUAAUUAAGGAUAGUGAAAUCAACAUUACUGAUCAAAUUAGUUGUCAACUAUGUAAGUCUUCUGUGAAACAAUCUCCUUAUUAUGUUUGUGAUUCAUGCAAAUAUUAUAUCCACAAGUCAUGUGAAGAACUACCAAAGCAAAUCGAUCACUCUUUUCAUCCUCGCCAUCCUCUCAUUCUUACAUCAAGAUCUGUCUGGUGCGAAUCUUGUUUCAAAACCCCCCAAAAGAGACUCAUGUUCUGUUGUAAAGAAUGUGGAUUUGACAUGGACAUUGAAUGUGCCUUAAUGUCAAAUUCCAUAACAACAUGUCUUAAUGAAGGCCAACAUUACAUCCAACAUUCUAGUCAUCCUCAUUUGCUACUACUUGUUGACACAACAGAUACUAUCUAUAAAGAUGUCAAUGUUAGAUGUUUUGCAUGUCAAUCAACAUCAGAUGUUAGUGGAGUAUAUUAUGGUUGCAAUAGAUGCAAGUAUUUUCUUCAUAAACAUUGCAUUGAUCAAUUACCACAAAAAAUCCAAACCUCCCACCAACCUAAUCACAACCACCUCUCCCUUCAUAUGAAAAGGUAUAAUUGUAAAUGUAAUACUUGUGGAUAUUCAACCAAACCUGCUUUAUAUUUUGAAUGUCCUCAAUGUGAUUACCAAUUGUGUUUAGAAUGUGGAAUGACACGAAGAGCCAUUACAUAUGAAGAUCAUCCACACAUUCUUUCCUUUCUAGAAAAGAACAUUCAAUGUGAUCGAUGCAAUGUGUACGACACUUGUUUGAAGUAA